AUGAAGUUUUUUCACGAAAAGGCAAUGCCAUUGCUGGUUUUAUUGGGGGUGAUGGCAGUUAUGGUACAGGAAAGCAAGGGCCUUCCUUGUGGCAGCACUUUCUUCUCUGCACUGGUUCAGCUAAUACCUUGUAGGGCAGCAGUUGCUCCAUUUAGCCCCGUCCCACCAACCGAGGCUUGCUGCACUUCCAUCAAAGCUUUGGGGCAGCCUUGCUUGUGCACUAUUGUUAAUGGUCCUCCAAUCUCUGGUGUUGAUCGGAACAUUGCCCUGGAGCUUCCUGAGAAGUGCACUGCUAACUUUGAACCUUGUAACUCUCUCACUCCUUCUCUCAUCCAAUCUUUUUUCACAUUGCAGAAUAGAUGUGAGAGGACUAUAUGGCCAGGGAUCCUAUCAGGUGCUGGAAGACCUCAACUAGUCAAUGGUGGGCUUGAGUUAAAACAAAAUGAGAAAAUAAACAUCAAUGCACCUAAAGGGUGGUCAGGCCGGUUUUGGGCUCGUAGCGAGUGCUCCUUUGAUCGAUCUGGCAAAGGUCGCUGCAUCACCGGCGACUGUGGAGGUGUUGUACAAUGUGCAGGGGCAGGUGGUGCACCGCCUGCAUCGCUUGCUGAGUUCACCCUAGAUAGCCCCCUUGACUUCUAUGAUGUUAGCCUUGUUGAUGGAUUCAACAUUCCCAUUUCAAUAGUACCAUCCGGUGGAUCUGGCAAUUGUACCGAGGUUAGAUGUCUUUCGGACUUGAACCUACUGUGUCCUAGUCACCUGCAAAUAAUUUCAAACGGCCGUAUCGUAGCGUGUAAGAGUGCAUGCAUGGCUUUCAACAAACCGGAAUACUGCUGCACUGGGGAUUAUAAUGACCCCAAGAAAUGCAAGCCUACAAGGUAUUCUGAGGUGUUCAAAGCUGCUUGCCCAACAGCUUAUAGCUACGCCUAUGAUGACGCCACAAGCACUUUCACUUGUGAUGGAGCUAAUUACUUGAUUACAUUUUGUUAG